AUGCCUAGCGACGUCGUCAACCAGGCUCCCGCCAAGGAGGAGGUCCUCCCCGUUGAUCCUUCCAGCGCUGCUGUGUCACAAGAGCCGUCUGCCGAGCCGCAGAUGAGCAUGGACACGGCCAGACUUCGAGGCGGAGAGGAGGCCUCGUGCAACUUCUGCUGCUGCGGGUGCGACGAACAGUGCUGCUAA